GAAGGUUCCCGAACAGACAUAAACAAUCAAGUCGAUAACAAGAUCAGCAGCACUGAAAGGCGAAAAAUGCAGAGGUUAUCCAUUAAAAAACUAUGUAUUUAUCAAUUCAUACGCGACCAGAGCUAUAGACUACAGCAGAGAACGACGACAUGUGUACAAGGUACCAGACAUCUGUCUAAUGAGCACCUGGGAAACUCUCGCUGUCUGAGAACUCGGUCUGCACCAAAUGACACAUCUAAGCAUGUGAUCUCGAGGAGUGCCCUGAGUUCAUCCAAGUGGCUUGAUAGCAGACCUGGAGGAGGAGAACAGAGGAGAGUCCUACAUGUUACUUCACCAGUACGUACAGAGGAAAACGCUGUUCACAUAAGUGAGAUCAGUGAGGCAGCCUAUGAGAAACUGGCAGAUGAGACUCUGGAUUCGUUGGCUGACUACUUUGAGGAUCUGAUGGAUGGACCACUAGCAGGGCCGGAGUUUGAUGUUCUCUUUUCUAGUGGUGUGUUGACAGUGAAGGUGGGCGGAGACCAUGGGACAUACGUCAUCAACAAACAGACUCCUAACAAACAGAUCUGGCUAUCAUCUCCUACCAGUGGUCCGAAGCGUUACGACUGGACAGGAGAGCGCUGGGUCUACUACCACGACGGCAUGGCUCUCCACCAGAUCCUCUCUAGAGAGUUCUCUAUCAUCUACAACAUGAACCUGGACCUGACCACACUAGUACAUUCCUGACCUGGGCCACGUCCCAAUUCCCUAUAGAGCCAAAGGUAGUGCACUAUAUAGGAAAUAGGGUACCACCUCCGAUGUCUGUCCCAUCUUGUCCAUUCUCCUACACAGCAUACUACAUCCAUGUACUUAAUCACAGGUCUGGGGAAAAAAAGUGAAACAUCUUGUGUGCCCAGAUUUCAAGUUAGGAUUCAGCUCGGAAACAGAACCAAAUGGAUUUAUGCACCAACUCCACUAAAAUACCAUAACGUUCAUAUAAGUCUGUGAUAUAAUAUAGAGGACAUUAAUUGUAUACGUCGAUGAUCCAGUGUUUUAUUUGUGUGAAUGUGUAUGUGAAUACACACGUGAACGGAGGUGUCGGUCUUGUCUGUAACUGAAGGAAAAGGAAAACGUUGCAGUUGGUUAUGAUCUCGUUACAACUGAAGCUCCUUCCUGAUUCCCUCGGGGUUUGGGGUUUACCUCUGUUCAUUUCUAAACAAGUACCAUCGUAUUGUGAUCAAACAUGUCUAAUUGAGCAGUUAUAACCUGUUAUGAUAAACCUGUUGGGACCUAUUGAGAAACACCAUCAUUAAUGAACAGCUUGUUUCUUUUUCAAAUAAAGGUGGCUAGUUAAACAUGAUAUAGCCAUUGUAAACAACA